UGGAAAAUGUCAAAUUUCACCGAUUGUAACGUAUUAACGACAUGUUUCGUUCAUAUUUACGACUAAGUUCUUAGUAUUUUGUAUGAAAAAGGUUUCUCUAUGGCAUCUAAUCGCCACACUUUACAUAAGGAAGUAUUUUUGCCCAAUGAUGAAAGAUUGGUGGGCGUUGUUAAUGUUGCUAAGGCUAGUAAAAAAAAGAAAACAGCUGUUUUGUGCCUUGCAGUGAAUAAUGAAAAGCCUUCUUUGAUUACAGUUAACCAAGUUAAAAAGUCUGACAAAGAAGGAUAUAAGAAUAAAAGGUCAUGGCAAUUGAGACAGUUGAAAUUAGUUGAUGGAAAAGACGAGUCCAAACCAACUUGUGAAUUUGAUUUGCAUUUCGAAAAAGUAUAUAAAUGGACCGCCGAAAGCGUUUCAGAAAAAAAUGCAUUCAUCAAAUGUUUGUGGAAGUUUUGUAAUUAUCUGCCUCGUCAAAAACCAACUUUCUUAAACAUUUCAAAAGAUUUAUUGCAAGAUCAAGAUAGUACACCUAAAAUGGGUGUAAUAACACCUCAAAUUGGGGAAGAAGUUUCGGUGUUGGAUGCGGAAGAUUAUCAGGCCUUAACUUCGAGAGAGGAGUCUGAUUUAGAAUCGCUGAUGGCACAGCAUGAUUUCGUAAUUGGCAACGCAGAAGAGUUUACUGAGCAACUAGCAAGGGAAUUGUCUGAAUUAGAUGCAGCUAAUAUUCGUUCAAUCAUGGCUUCUGAACAGAAAGUUCAAGGUUUGAUGAACAUGUUGCAAACUUCAUUGGAUGAGAUUUCAGAGUUAGAAACUAGACUCAAUGUAUAUGAUGACAUAUUGAAAAAUGUGAAAGACAGCGUCGUUCAGAUGGAAGAAAAAGAUGCCCGCAUGAAGAUACAACAUAAAAAUAAUAUUAAGCUCUUGAAUGAACUGGAGAAUAUGAUAACAAAAUUAGAUCUGUCCGAAAAGCAUCGCCUUGCUUUAGACGGGGAGCUGAAGACACCUGAGGGUAUUGUUGCCUGCACAGCUGCAGCUAAAGCUCUACAAGAAGCUAUGAAUGCUCACAUAAAUCCUGGCUUGAUGAAAAUGGCAGCUUUUUCUGAGCAGAGAGCGGAGUUAGAAAAACUUGAAAACAAGUUUGUCUUGCGUCUGAGCCGGCAUCUCAAUAACUUGUUUUUACAUUUGGGUAAUGAAUUUGAAGAAAUUUUAAAUUCUCACACUAAUGACUUAUCUUUGCCUAAGCAUACAUUUUGUCACAAAGAGCUUCUACCUUAUACAGAGCUCAUGAACUGGAUGAAAGUCACAGAACCAAGUAGUUAUUCUCAAUCUGCAAACGUGUAUACUUCAUCAUUGUUUAAGCUUUAUGACAGAGAAAUAAAACUUUUGUUUGAAAUAGCUAAAGAAAAAAUAGUGAAUAAGAAUGGAUAUGAAAAGGAAAAGAAAUACAAGGUCUCUGGAUCGAGCCAAGACCUGGCAUGGAAAUCCUCUAUAAAAAUGAAAACACUUUCUCUCUUAGGCAUGGAUCCUGAUCAGUAUGGUUCUGACUUAGAUUUAGUCGAGUGGGAAGAAUUCGACAAGACUUUAGAAAGUCUUUUAAGUGUACUUGAGCCAAUUUGUCUUGCCGAGCAACAGUUUUGCAUGCAAUUUUUUGGAUUACAAUUUGAAAUUCCUUCAUCAAUAAGCAAUAAUCAGUUAACAAUUCCUGUCCCACAAGGUCUCAGCCCGACAACAAGCAACAACAGUUUAAGUAGAGCUGGUAGCGAGGAAUUAUUACUGAGUGCUUUAAAGAAAGAAAAGCAAAUUAAUGAAGAGUUGAGGAAAAAUUGGGGUGAAUUAUUUUCAAGUUUAGAACCAGAAUUACAUUCUUUCAUUACUCACUUUGAUAAGAUAGAUGGGUUUUAUUCUAUGUAUGUACUUGUGCGCCUAAGUCAACAUGUCAUGUCUGCCCAAGACACUGGAUCGUAUUUAAGUAUGACUUUUGCUAGCGUACUGGUGCAAGCCAAAAGAAAUUUUGAUAAGUUUAUGAAAACACAGAUAAAAUCCAUUGAAGAAGUUAAAGUUUCUAAAAAGUAUAAAUGUGGAAUAUUGCCAUUCAUCGCAAAUUUUGAAAAGUUUGCUCGUCAAGCUGAGAGUAUUUUCAAAACAUCCGAAAGAAGAACUGAUUUAGAUCGUUGGUAUUCUAAGCUUGUGAAAGUUAUGUUUGAUGAAGUUGUUAAGAUAUCUGCCGAGCAUCAAAAGACGCCACAAGAAGUGAUUCAAAUGGAGAAUUUUCACCAUCUUUUCACAGUUUUAUUCCAGUUAAAAAUUCCUUGUCUUGAAGAAGAACGAAAAGAAGCCAAGCAAAAAUAUAACGAGUCCUUACAGGCUUAUGUGAUACAAUAUUUUGGGAGACCAUUAGAAAAACUGAAUUUAUUCUUUGAAGGUGUGCAAAACAAAGUGGCCCAAGGUGUGAAAGAAAAUGAAAUUGGCUAUCAUUUAGCAUUCAGCAAGCAAGAACUCAGAAAAGUGAUAAAGGAGUAUCCUGGUAAAGAAGUUAAAAAGGGACUUGAAAGUUUGUAUAAAAAAGUUGAAAAACAUUUGUGUGAAGAAGAAAAUUUACUUCAAGUUGUGUGGCACUCUAUGCAGGAUGAAUUUAUUAGGCAGUAUAAAUACAUUGAAUCUUUAAUAGAAAGAUGUUAUCCUGGUGCGAAAAUAUCCUUAGAAUUUUCAAUUAAUGAUAUAUUAGAAUUUUUCUCAGAAAUAGCUAGGUCACAUUAGUUGUUUCUUUUCUUUACAGAUAAAUUGAAAAAGAGAUUACACAAUGCUAUACACUUUUUUGAAAUUCAAAAUAUUUUUCUUUUUUCGUUACAUGUUAAGAAGUUAUAUAGUCUUUAAACUUGUUUAAUAUUUUCUUGCCAUGAAACCCUGUGACCAUUUUCAUUUCAAAAUGUUUUCAAUAUUUACAAUAAUUGUUAAAAACAACAUCUGAAUAAUUAUUAAGUGUAUCUGGAUUUUACAUAUUCACUUGAAUGGUGUUACCUAUUAAG